ACUGGUGAACCCAGGCCACCGAAGUGGAGCUUGCGAACUCAACCACCAGGCCAGCCCCAAGUAGGAACAUUUAUUAUCAUGCUCAUACAGAUCAGGAAACAGGGGCUAAAGAACCUGCUGGAGGUCACUCAGUUAGUAACUAGUGAAGACAGUCUCCCACUGCAGGUAAUGUAAGACGGGCACUUCAGCUCUCCCUCCCUUCACCGUGGUGGCCCCUGAAGUCAAUGGAACACAGAGACAAGAGAUGGGUCCAAGAUGUUAACUAACACCUCUGGUUAACAGAUUAGGAGGGGUAGGAGGGUAAAAGAGAGAAGGGAGUCAAGAACAAUUCAGGAGAGACAGGUAAACUCAAAUGUUUUUGCACGUAACUUAAAAGUUACUUAAAUUCACUAGAGAAAACAAGAAAUUUAAUUCCUUUUAGUUUGCGAUGAAUUUUUGUAUCUUCUUCUAUUUGAAUGAUAUGAAAUGCAACGAAAUAGAGGUAGCUUAGUCCUAUGAUGAAGGGGAGUCGUAUAGAGGGCAGAUCAGGAUAUGUCACAAGUAUUGUGAUUUUUAACAAGUGAUUCUUUUACUGUUCUGAUGGAGCCCAGGUUUUCUAACCUUCAACAUUAGGGAGAGAAAGCUUCAUUAUCUACGACAGGAGUUUGCUGUAUUUAUUAUCAUUUCACCUAGAGCUUUUUAGAUUUUCAAUAACAGAGGUACAUAUUGGGAACGUUCAUUUAAUCAUAAAACAAAAAGAGAUGAAUACUAAUAACAAACGUUCAAAUUUAUAAUUUGAAGCUGUGCAAAUCUAUAAAUUUUAAGCAUUCAUGAUUAGAUUUAAGAUCAAACCAUACUUUCUGCAAAAGCACAUCUAUUUUCACUCCCUUUAAUUCAUGUGAUUAAACAUUCUUAAGAUAUUUGGUCCUUAUUAUUGCUAAUGGUUUUGUUAUUUAUAGGAAUUAUAGUUUAAAUUUUUGAAAUUAUAGCAUUUUCCAUCUGGAAUGCAUUAAAAUAAAACUGUCAAAAAUAUUUUCAUAUUUAUAAGGAUUUUUUCUGUAAAAGAACUAUAUUACUAUGGUGAACUAAUUGGGAUAUGAAAUUUUCUGAAGACUUUUCCCAUUUAGAAAAUUGUUAAGCAGUAAAGUUUAUGUCUAGGUGUUGUUUUUCUUGGUAGCAGGAUCAUACAAUAUUUGGCUUAUCUUAGAGGUCAUAUUCUCCAAAAGUUUAGACUUCAAUGUCAAUUGUCAAAACUUUUUGCUGUUUUGAACUUCAAACCCAUAUAACCCAUUAUGAAGGUUACCUUGCUAAAUUACUGUUGUUCAAAUUGGACCCUUUUAAAUUCUUUCAGAUAUUGUGUUCCUUGUUAUAAAAUUGCAACAGAGAGAGAAAAAUGGUAGUGGGCAUUGACGCAAACUGUAUGUUGCAUUUCAACUCUGGUGGAAAAAUAAUUAACACAAGCUCUGCUAAAAACGACAUACAAUAGAGAUUUAGCACUGUGAAUAUAUACCUGUGAAAUUGUCAUGUUCAGGUAAAUAAUAAUUGGAAACUUGGGCACUGUAGAGAGUUUUAAAGGUGCCCAAUAACAGCACGGCUUCAGUUUGGCAGCUCAGAGCAUGCUCUCCAAGUUAACCACCAUUGGUCACAGCUGUGAGACGUCUAAGAUCCCUUCAUCCUCUUGGCCCUUCCCAGAGCUGUUCCUCUGCAGGAUCCACGCUACCUCUCCCAUUCUUUGCCUUUUUCUAUCUUUAACCGCUUUGUUUCUAUCACCAGCACAAGUCUCAUCACCCUCAUACAAUAAUGACGGUUUGUUUAUUCUGGGUGUUAAACUCCUUUUAAGUGUGUUUACACUCUGUUUUACAAUGUAAUCUCUGGAUCCUUUCAUCUGGUGUGCAACUAUGUGUGCAGCAGCGAGCUCUUAAUUUAUCUUUGCUGCAGCAACCAGUAAGGCUGACUGGGAUUCCUGGCCAUGCGCACUUGGCUGCACGAGACUCUUCUUGAUGAAUAUGAUGGCUCGCUAGCAGGCUGCCCAACCCCCUCUCAUGAGUUUUAGAGUGGGUCGACAUGUGUGCUUGUGAAAGUGGGGGAAGCAGAUAGUGGUCUGUUCCAGAACCAUCUUCCCUACCCCCUCCUCACCAUAGAUUGCUCCUAUUCUAACGUCCUAAGGAUUUGUUUAGAACCUUCAGUUGGAACGAAUUAAUCUUUUAGGGCUUCCAUAAUUUUGGGCCCAUGCAUCUCUUGAGCAACUCAACGUCAUUUCAGUGACUUAUUGACAACUUACUGACCUACCAAGUUAUCUGUGACAUCUCGCUUAAUUUAGUACCUUCUAUAUUUUCUUCUUUAUUAGAUUGUUGUAUAUAUGUUUUAACCUUGCAAACUGCCUCAAAAUCUUUUAAAAUCGAGUUUACUGUCAUCAAGCAUAAACUCAGUCAGUUCAACGCGGGACAAAUCUACACUGAGCACAAAAGGAUGUAGCUGGGAAGGAACAAACUCACCGACACAAAAACGCAGGCCCCUUCCUUUUAUUUCGAUCCCUUGCUGUCUCCAUCCCAUCUGAACCAGAGGCGAAGCCGGCAAGUGGGGCGUGUGCAGAUGCAAUCAGCCCGGCGUGCUCAGCGCCGUGUGCAAAGGGCGCCACACCUGAAGGUCCUCUGGCUCGGCGGGGCCUCUCCUCCCCGGUGCUGGCGGCAUCCGCCGCAGGUGCCUCCGCACCGGCCUGGGCGCGGCCCGCUCCCCUCCCUCGCUCGCGGCGCCGCCGCAGUGCGCCGAGCCGCUGCUCCUCGCCGCCCGCGCCCCGCAGCCCUGUCCUGCGGCUCCCUCCUGUCGCCACCAGCAGCCCCAGGCUCCGCCAUGGGGAAUGUGCCAUCCGCGGUGAAGCACUGCCUCAGCUACCAGCAGCUUCUCCGGGAGCAUCUCUGGAUCGGGGAUUCAGUGGCAGGGGCGCUCGACCCCGCGCAGGAAUCAUCUCAGUUUUCUGGACUCCCUGAGUAUGUUAAAAUAGUAGAAGUUGGACCAAGGGAUGGAUUGCAGAAUGAAAAGGUUAUAGUUCCUACAGAUAUAAAAAUUGAAUUUAUCAAUCAACUUUCCCAAACUGGCUUGUCUGUAAUAGAAGUGACCAGCUUUGUGUCUUCCCGAUGGGUUCCACAGAUGGCUGAUCACACUGAAGUGAUGAAAGGCAUUCAUCAACAUCCAGGCGUUCGAUAUCCUGUCCUUACUCCUAAUCUUCAGGGUUUUCACCGUGCUGUUGCUGCUGGAGCCACUGAGAUAUCAGUUUUUGGUGCUGCAUCUGAAUCCUUUAGCAAGAAGAAUAUUAACUGUUCUAUUGAAGAAAGUAUGGAGAAGUUUGAGGAGGUUGUUAAGUCUGCAAGGCACAUGAACAUUCCAGCACGAGGGUAUGUGUCUUGCGCCCUGGGCUGUCCAUAUGAAGGAGGCAUCACGACGCAGAAAGUGACAGAAGUGUCUAAGAGAUUGUAUGGCAUGGGCUGUUAUGAGAUCUCGCUGGGAGACACAAUUGGAGUGGGAACUCCAGGAAGCAUGAGAAGAAUGUUGGAAAGUGUCAUGAAAGAAAUCCCAUCAAGCGCUCUCGCUGUUCACUGUCAUGACACAUAUGGACAAGCCCUAGCAAAUAUCCUUACGGCACUUCAGAUGGGGAUUAAUGUGGUGGACUCUGCAGUAGCGGGAUUAGGUGGCUGCCCUUAUGCAAAAGGUGCUUCUGGGAACGUAGCCACUGAGGAUUUGAUAUACAUGCUUCAUGGCCUAGGGCUCCAUACAGGUGUGAAUCUUUACAAAGUGAUGGAAGCUGGUGACUUUAUCUGCAAAGCCGUGAAUAAAAGCACGAACUCCAAAGUAGCACAAGCCUCCUUCAAGGGUCGACUUGAAAGAAUCUGUGCCUGAGGCUGAGAAGAUCCAUUGCAGCUCCAGAUCUUCAUCUGAGAAUCAUUACUGUCAACUUAUUCUGAAAUGUGAAGUAAUAGACACGAGUGGGAGCAAAAAGAUUAGAAAGAGUAUAACUGGAUAGAUUACAAAGCCAACGGAAAGCAAUACUAGUUAUCAGGUAAACUGCAAGCUGAGGCUAAAUAAUAAAAUUUGUCGACAUGCUUUUGAACUUGGAGAAAAGUCUACUCUUUUGCUCUCAUAAAAAUAACUUUUUAAUUUAGUAGACAUGAAAACUGACUUUAGAUUUCCCUAAGUAUCAAAUACCGUGUUAAUACUUAAUCAAGCUGGCUUAGCACAGUGUAUAUAUUGUCAGUAGUUUAUGAGCUCCUGCAUAGUGUGCAAAGUGUGUGGCCUCGAUAUUAUGUGUUAUGCCUCUGGAUCUCAACUUUCCAUUUGCCAAGUCAGUGAAAUUAUGGACCAAGCGCCAAAUCACCAUCUGACCCUACGUAAUUUUUUGCAACAUAACUUUUAUAUUUCAAGUGUGGCUAACAUCUGUUAACUAUUUCAAUGACUUUAUCUUGUUCCAAGAGGCUGUGGUCAAUGGCAAGAUGCCAUAUCCUGGAAACAUAUUACAACCUCCCAACCUCCAAUGUUUGUUACAUGCAUCCAGUUUACCAUCCUUUCCCUUUCAUCAGUUAUAGUAAAAACCAGCAUGGUGUUACUCAACUAUUGAGAAAUAUAAGGUACAACUUCAUCCUGAUGUCUAAGUUGCAGUGAUGAGAAUAGAUGUAUACAUAUACCAUAAUCCAUGUUUGUCAUUUCCAGAUCACUUCCAAAUUGUCCUAGGAAAUGUCACUGUGAGUCUGGGAAUAUUAAGGCAGUUUUUAAUUCAUGAAAUAAACUCUAUUCCAUUGA